AUGACAAACUCCAAAACCACCCCCUUUGGUAAAGCAAUGCGUUCUCAUUUCUACUUGGAGGACAACUAUGUUCCUUUGAAUCACGGCAGUUUUGGCGUCUGCCCACGAUCGCUGCAUUCACUUAUGCGCCAUUAUCAAGAAGAAUCAGAAAAGCAUCCCGAUCGGUUCUUGAAACGACAAGUGUUCAAGGAUUUGUAUAAGAAUCGUGAACGACUGGCUGCGCUCGUUCAUGCGCAUCCGCAAGAGUUGGCCUUUGUAGUUAAUGCUUCCUAUGGUAUCAAUUCCGUUGUCAGAUCUGGCUUUAUGCAACCAGGCGAUAAAUUACUCUUUUUCACUACUGCGUACAACGCAGUUGAGCGCACCAUGACGUUUCUGCAAGACGCGCAUAAAGUGAAACUGGUGCCUGUUGAGCUCAACUAUCCUCUACUUGACCAAGAAAUACUUGAUCUCGCAAAGGAAACAAUUGAACAGGAGCUGGCAAAGGAUCCAGACGUGCCCAUUCGUCUUGCAGUCUUUGAUGCAAUUAGUUCUGUGCCGGCAGCAAGAUUUCCAUUCGAGGCCAUGAUCAAGCUCGUCAGAGAGUACGAUAUCUAUUCACUUGUGGAUGGUGCCCAUGCUAUUGGUCAAAUCCCAUUGGAUUUACACAAGGCAGAUCCAGACUUUUUUGUGUCGAACUGUCACAAGUGGGGAUAUGCUCCCAGAGGUUGCGCUUUUCUUUAUGUGCCUAAACGGAACCAGGCUUUAGUUCAUCCAAGUGUUAUCAAUUACGCUUACAAGGAUGAGAGAUCUUCCGGAAUAAGCACAUCGUUUGAAGAAGAGUUUGCAUGGCCAGGCACGGUGGAUUUUAGCACUUAUCUAUGCAUCAAUGCUGCUUUUGAUUUCAGAGAAUCAAUCGGCGGUGAAGAAGCAAUCCAGAAGUAUUGCAAUGACCUGGCACGUCAAGGAGGUCAGCUGGUUGCCGAAGCAUUAGGAACAGAAGUGCUGGAGAAUCAAGACAAGACGUUGACGGUGGCCAUGACAAACAUUCGCUUACCAUUUUUAAACAAACGCGCUAGAUCGGACGGAGAGAUUAUCAACAUUAUCGUGGACAAAUGUAUCUACGAGCACAAUACCAUGUGUUCGCCUUAUAAACACAAUGGGCAAUGGUUUGUACGCCUUAGCGCUCAGGUGUACAAUGACCUGGAUGAUUUCCGUUAUUUUGCAGACGAGAUCCAAAAGGUUUUGAGAGAGUUAGAAGAUAAGAAUGAGUAG